AUGACAUAUGGAUUGAGGAGGGGAAGGUCCGGUGAUCAAUCCGUAGCGGGUGCAAAUUUCACUAAGGUGUCCCUAUUGGAGAGAUUUGAUGAUGGAUUGUUGCUCUUUAUAGUCACAUUUACUUUGGCUUUCUUCCCACGAGAAAGUCAUGUAAAAACCUUCACGCUCACCUAUCAGAGACUUGUACCAAUUUUGAUUGGGAUUGCAGCCUGUGUGGCCAUCUCCUUAGUUGUUUUCCCAGUGUGGACAUGUGAAGAGCUUAACAAAUUGAUAGCUUCUAACAUAGAACAACUAGUAUAUUACCUAGAAGGUAUAUUUGACCCAGUCCUUAGUUCGCAUGCUUAUAUUUGUGUUUCGCAGGCAAAUAUAUGCAUGACCCAGAUGAUAGAGAAAUACUUGAGAUCAAGGGAGGACAUCAAAGUGUUUUUAAUUCUACAUCAUUCAACAUUUUCAUUUUUUGGAAUGAUUCAAGACUUGAUUUUAUGUAUUUCUCAACAUCUACAAGCAAAUUUCGCGGGUUGGGAACUAAGCUACGUUGGCUUUAGGCUUUGUUAUCCUUGGAAGCAAUACUUAAAAAUUGGAGCACUUGUUCGGGAAUGUGCUUACAAGAUUUGCACCCUCGAAAACUACCUUAAUUCAAAAAUUGAAUCAUUGAUUGAGGUAUUUAAACUUGAAUCAUCAUGCAUUAAGAUUUGUUUUGAGUCUAACAAGGCGUUAAAGGAGCUAUCUUCGUCAAUCAAAACCAUGGCUGACUCAUCAGCAGCUAAAAUCCACAUAGAAAAUUCAAAGGCUGCCACUGAAUAG